GGCAGAGCAGGUCUCACGGACAGAGUCACAACAACCUGUCUCAACUUGGUGAUCGUCGUUUUGUCUGUCCUAUUCUCACGUCCAGCAUGGCUUGGACAAAAUACCAACUGUUCCUUGCGGGGCUUAUGCUCACAACGGGCUCUAUCAACACGUUAUCGGCGAAAUGGGCUGACAUGUUCACAGCGAAAGGUUGCCAUGAUGACCCUACACACUUAUUCUCUCACCCAUUUUUACAGGCGGUGUUUAUGUUUCUGGGUGAGUUAAGCUGUCUUGCAGUCUUCUACAUCUUACUUCACCAUGACAGACGUAGCCCAGAGCCCAGGGUGAACCCGGGCCAGAGCUUCAACCCUCUCCUCUUCUUCCCACCCGCCAUGUGUGACAUGACAGCCACCUCCAUCAUGUAUGUUGCUCUCAACAUGACCAGCGCCUCCAGCUUCCAGAUGCUGCGUGGAGCCGUCAUCAUCUUUACUGGUCUGCUCUCUGUGGCGUUCCUGGGGCGACGCCUGGCGCCCAGUCAGUGGUUCGGCAUGCUCACCACCAUCUUGGGCCUUGUGAUAGUGGGCCUCGCUGACUUCUUCAGCGGGCACAGAGACGACACACACAAACUCAGUGACAUCAUCACAGGAGACCUUCUGAUCAUCCUGGCUCAGAUCAUUGUUUCAGUGCAGAUGGUCCUGGAGGAAAAGUUUGUCUACAAACAUGACGUCCAUCCUCUUCGGGCUGUUGGCACUGAAGGUUUGUUUGGAUUCGUCGUGCUGUCGCUGCUUCUCAUCCCGAUGUAUUUCAUCUACGUUGGCAACUUCAGCGACAACCCUCGGCACGUUCUGGAGGAUGCGCUGGAUGCCUUCUGUCAGAUCGGGCACCAGCCUCUCAUCAUUUUGGCUCUGCUGGGCAACACAGUCAGCAUUGCUUUCUUCAACUUUGCCGGCAUCAGUGUCACUAAAGAGAUCAGCGCCACCACCCGCAUGGUGCUGGACAGCCUGCGCACGCUGGUCAUCUGGGUGGUGAGCCUGGCGCUGGGUUGGGAGCAGUUUCAUGGCCUGCAGGUGCUGGGCUUCCUGGUCUUGCUGCUGGGUGCGGCGCUCUACAAUGGCCUGCACCGCCCCUUGCUGGCCAGGAUACCGUGCUGCGCUGAGAUGGUGACCACAGAGGAGGAGAACAGCCCAGAAGAAAGAGAGAGACUGCUGGGUGACGGCAGGGUGCAGGCCGCCGACGAGAGCUAGAACUUGUUAAUAGUCGACACACUGGGCACAGAAGGCGUCCCAAUGUGCUGGACUGUCUGUCAAAGACACUGCACCUUUCAUGUCAACCGUCAGUGACGGUUUUUAAAUUUGUUUUUUUUUUUUUUUUUGUUCACGACUCAGAUUUUAACUGACCUCACACAAUGUUUUAAUAUGUGGAAGUGUGCAAGCUCUCUUAAAGGAAUAGUUUUGGGAAUCAAUUAUCAGUUAUUGGCAGGAAAGCAAAUGAUUUGAACUUAUUGUUAAACUAUUCUUUCAAAGAAACAGACCGUAGAGAGGGCUGUCUGAAGGAACUUUUAUAUUACAACACAGACUAUAAAACAUUUAAUUUAAUUUCGAAAUGGAUAGUUUAGUCAUGACCUUCUGAAACAAAAGAUAAUUUUAGACAGUUUCAUUUGAACCUUUUUUUUUUUUAAAGACACUUGAACUGACUUAGUGAGAAAUCACUAGAGCACAGGUUUAUUAUUUUUUAUGCAGAUUUUCUUAAAUUGAUACAUCAUUGUUUCUGUUAAUAAUUUUAAUAUCUGUUCAAAUGGUCUUGUAUUCAAUGGUCUUGUUAUGACUCAUGAACGGUUUAAAGAAGGGGUUUUUUUUUUUUUUUGCAGGUGUGAGUAUGAUUUUGCCAAAGUGUUUUCAAUAUGGAGAUAAUUGUGCACUCACUGUCACUUCACUGCCUUGUGAAGGCACAAAUGAGAUAGUUAUUUUCACAAUUGAAUGUAAGGAAAAUAUCAGAGCUCCUACAACAAGUGAUUUGCAAAAAGUUUGUAAAAGAUUUUCUAAAUUCUGCUUCUCCUCUGUUUAAUAGUUUAAGCCGUUGGCUGUAACAUACAUUAAGAAGAAAGGGAACUGUCAUUAAAUCACAAUUGCUGUAUGGCG